UUCGCCAAGCAGUGCGGAGCGAGUUCGCCUUGUUCAGAUUAUGUCGGUUAAGUGACGGACGGUGUUGAUAUGGAACGGCUGCGAUAACUUGUCUGACUCGCAUUGAUAGACGACGCCAUUUUAUUUCAUAUGGAUUUAAAAGUAUACGCGGAAACGUUGUGAAGUUUGGAGUGGAACGUUUUACCUAUAUGUGACAAUCUGUGACAGGAGUGCGUGACCGUUACUGAAAGUGUGACACACUUAAAAAGUCGUUAUGUCGACGGUGACAGCAGUGAUCUAAACAUAUACCUGUUGACGCAUCAACAACCACUCGGAUAUUCCCUCGUACCCGUGUAGUCGUGAGACAAGCAUGGAGACGUACCUACAACGGACGUACGGCCACAAGAAACAGACGGGGGACCAACGGAACUUUCCUUUCUGGGACUACAGGUCUCGCAGAGGAAGUUUCUCCACGUCCACGUCGUCCAGUGACGGAAGCAGCGUGUCUUCGAUGAGCUCAAGCCGGUCUGACGCGGAGAGUGAAAGUGUUAGUCUGUCUGGUUCCGACUCGGACUCACUGCUCCAGAACGACCCCACCAAGUUGACCGUCCAGUUCUAUGCGGACACCCAUGAGGUCAUUCCCCUGCUUGACCUCUACCAGCCGGUCCUGAGUUGGAUAGACUCCGACCUUCAGCUCUUCAAAAUCAGAGAAAGAAGUUCCAAUACUGUUCGCGAAGAAACACUCUCAGAGCACGUGUCCAGUCUCGCGAUAAUUGUGUUCCUGCAUGAAGAAGGUAUGCUUGGGUGUGAACGGAUUCAAUCAGCCAGGCGACAUUUUGAAAAACCGCCAUGGAAAUUUCAUCAUUCCGAGCAGCUAGUGAAAGGAAAGAUAAAUCCGUAUCCCUAUAAUUCACAAGAAUUUUACUACACGUCAUCCGAUCUGCCAUUGUGGGCGGUGAGACAAGUGCAUUAUGGGAAGGAGCACAUCCGGUUGGUUGUGUACGCGAGUGAUGAAAACUGGGAUGACAUGCUUGACUUUUACAAACUCAUUCUGGGAGCUGACCCUGAGCUGACAAGAACAGACUUCUGUCUCUUCACGAUCCAUGCCCAGAUACACUACAACGUUCAGUUCGCCCUGAAGCGUCUACCGUCCACCACGUCCCCAAAGAUCCUCCAGUCGGUCACGUUGCAGUUCAAAGUCGCUGAAGUUGGACACAUUGUCCCCCUCUUCCCCAACAUAUGUCGUCCUCUGUGUGACAACCGCUGGGAGACGACCGACCACGAUGGUAACUCCAUCGUGCUGGAGGUGACAGGUUCCUCGCCUAAUACGUCAUUGGAUAAGUCCUUCUCAAGACUGACCACGCUGGACUCUUCUCUUGACCGGUCACAUGGUCAGAUGAGUGUCUCUUCCUCAUCCAGUAGUGUCUUCAGCAACAAAGAGACACACCAGGACAGGACACCCUCCUUCAAAGAACAGGUACAGAGGAACUGUUUCAAGGAAGCAGAAUUGAGGAACUGUUCUUCUUUCAAGGAGCAAGCUCAAAGAACUUCCUUUCAGGAAAGGGGACAGUUAAGCUCCUUCAAAGGUGGAGAACCGAGAAACUGCUCUUCAUUCAAGGAACGGGAUCCAAAGAACUCCUUUAAGGACACGGAUGUGAACUGGUCUUUCAAGGAACGAGAUCCACGGGUCUGUUCCUCAUUUAAGGAACAAGAGCAAAGACACAAUGACUUGAAUAAUUCAAUUCAAAGCAAGACACUUAACUCUCCAUCUCCUGCUGAGAAUAGAAACUCUCAAAGUGACAAGCAACACUCUCUGGUCCACAAGGAUCAUCCACAUUCCCGCGGUGUGUAUACAAACAAUUCCCAACCGUACAACUCGCCUGCUUAUUAUAUAGACGCCAAGGCAGGGAACCCACAGACUGAGGCACAGGGCUUCUAUGUAUGACCGCUACUCGACAAUUCUCUCGAACUGUGUUGAAGUGUACCAGAGACCUGACCACUACCCGUCGGGUGGUUUAACCAGUACCAAGAAGACUGAGUCAUAAAGUCGUUUUCACGCUCACACGUCAAUCAAAAAAAUCUCCACAAAGAACAAACGCGGUGUGACUUAGAAAGGGUAUUUUUGGACUUGGGAGAUUUCAAAAGCUUAAUGUCCAGAAAAAACACCGCGUUUGUUUAUAAGAAGGGAGCCAUGAUGUUCCUCUUACAGAAAAUGUGUUGAUUAUACAGUAAUAGAACAAGCUUGAACGCACACAUGUUUGACAUCGUGGUACAGAUCAGAGACACACAAUCUAUGCUUUCACUAACCAUAUAACCAACACUGGCGGUGGAGACAAACGAUGGAAAGGACGUGUGUACAAAAGACUCGUUGAAGGCAUAGCGUGAUCACGAGUAGACGACAGUAAACUUCCACAGAUUUAUCUUGCCAGACAUUGAAACGACCAGUGGAACAGGACCUUGAUCACUAAGUGCUUCGUCAUUCACAGCCACCUCGGCGACCUGAGUCAUGGUCCUGCCCUCGAUGAGACAUUCUACUUCCGGGUCACACUCUCGAUAUAGACAUUCUCCAUCCGGGUCAUACUUUCAUUGUCGACUGUUAUGCGCACAGCCAGGAAGGAGUCCAGCGUGAGGUCAAGACACAGAAUAUCUAUACCCAUGUUGAUAUGUAAAUAGUCAGCUGCUGGUCUUAUGUUGAUAUGUAAAUAAUCACCCACAUGUUUCUCAUUGAAACUAAGUGUACAGUAUCAUCAUCAUCAUCGUCAUCAUAUAUUUAUUUAACACGUUCCGAUGACGGAACAUUUCUUCAGUAUGUGUCAUUGGUUAUAGAUUCCAUUUAGGGAACCUCUUUUGUCACAUUGUGAUUCACGA